UGGAAAACUAGACUGCAAGGGAAAUCCUGGUUGAGGAACAGUUAAUGGUCAAGGACCAUGUGACUCUUGCACAGAGAGCCCUGGAUUUGCAAUGGACACUGGAGAAUUAAAAGAACACAGCAUCCUUGGGUCUUACAGAUGAUGUUCUCCAAGCUCUAAGGAAGAUUCAAACAACAAUUAAGAGAACGUGAAAGCAAAGCACAAAAGACGACAAUGACAAGAGAAAGUUGGGCCCACAAUGCUCUGAGACAAGGAGGUCUUGUGAAAGGAAAGGAUGACAUCUGGAAGUGGGGAACCUGCUUCCACGGUAGCAGCUCCUCGGUUUGGGAGACCUCCCACCUGCAUUUUAGACAGUUGCGUUACCAUGAGACAUCUGGACCCCAGGAGGCUUUGAGCCGCCUCAGGGAGCUCUGUCGACGAUGGCUGAGGCCAGAAGCUCGCACCAAGGCUCAGAUCCUGGAUCUGCUGGUGCUGGAGCAGUUCCUGAGCAUCCUGCCUGGGGACCUCCGGACCUGGGUGCAACUCCAUCAUCCUGGGAGUGGCGAGGAGGCUGUGGCCCUUGUAGAGGAGCUGCAGAAAGAUCUUGAUGGCCUAUCACCAAAAGUUCCGGUUCCUGUCCAGGUCCAGGACACUGUGCAGGAGGGUGCAGAUGCUCCCGGAGCAGCACUUCCUCUCACAUCUCCCCGCAGCCUCUUGCCGGCUGAAAUUCUCUUGAGGGCUCUCACUGACCCGGGGGCGCUCAGCCUCCAGGAUCUGCCACAAGAUUCUCCUGUUCCCAAAGCCUCUGUUCUUUCCCAGGAGGAGAAUCCAAGAAAUCAACUGAUGGCACUUAUGCUCCUAACAGCCCAGCCCCAGGAGCUGGUCAUGUUUGAGGAGGCAUCCGUGUGCUUCACUAAUGAGGAAUGGGCAUGUCUGGGCCCAAUUCAGAGGGCCUUGUACUGGGAUGUGAUGCUGGAGAAUUAUGGGAAUGUAACUCCCUAGGAAUGGGAGACCAUGACUGAGAAUGAGGACAUUACAUUGAAGUUGAGUAUUUCUCAGACAGCAGACUCUCAGAAAGGAGCAUCGAAACAACACCAAGGAAGUGCUCCCAAAGUUACUGAUUGUGAGGAAAAGUGUUAAUGACAAGUUUUGAAAAGUCAGUGGAAAAGUGAAACAGGGGAAAAGCUAGAUUCAGUGAAAAAAAGGUCCUCUUGUAAACAACAGAAGAAAAGGACUCUACCAGAAAUACAAGGCCAGAAAUGGAGGGAAUCUGAAGAAAAUGUGACUUUAGAUUCAGCUGUUUCUGAGAGUUUAAUAGAUCCUGAAGGAAAGAAGUUUUAUAAAUGUGAUAUAUGUUGUAAACAUUUUAAUAAAAUCUCCCAUCUUGUAAACCAUCGGAGAAUCCACACUGGUGAGAAACCUUAUAAGUGUAAGGAAUGUGGAAAGAGCUUUAAUCAGCGUUCAAGCCUUCUCAUGCACUUACGGAACCAUUCUGGGGAAAAACCUUACAAAUGUAGUGAAUGUGGGAAAUCAUUCUCUCAAAGUGCUUACCUUCUAAACCACCAGAUAAUCCACACGGGGGAGAAACCUUAUAAAUAUAAGGGGUGUGGGAAGGGUUUCUAUAGGCACUCAGGCCUGAUCAUUCAUCUCAGACGCCAUUCAGGGGAGAGACCCUAUAAAUGUAAUGAGUGUGGGAAAGUUUUUUCCCAGAAUGCUCACCUCAUUGAUCAUCAGAGGCUCCACAAGGGAGAAGAACCUUACAAAUGUAACAAGUGCCAGAGAGCUUUCGUUCUGAAGAAGAGCCUCAUUCUGCACCAGAGAAUCCAUUCUGGGGAAAAGCCCUAUAAAUGUGACAAGUGUGGAAAAACCUUUGCUCAGACCACGUAUCUCGUUGAUCACCAGCGACUCCACAGUGCAGAGAACCCUUACAAAUGUAAAGAAUGUGGAAAGGUUUUCAUUCGAAGUAAAAGCCUCCUCUUACACCAACGAGUCCAUACAGAAAAGAAAACGUUUGGUUGUAAAAAGUGCGGGAAAGUUUUUGGUUCAAAGUCAAACCUCAUUGACCACAAGAAGGUGCACAGCAGAGAGAAGCCGUACAAAUGCACUGACUGUGGGAAAGCCUUCACUCAGAGUGCUUACCUUUUUGACCACCAGAGACUCCACAAUGGAGAAAAACCCUAUGAGUGUACUGAAUGUGGCAAAGUUUUUAUUCUGAAGAAAAGUCUCAUUUUACAUCAGCGGUUCCACACUGGAGAGAAUCUACAUGAGUGUAAGGUCUGUGGCAAGGUCUUUGGGUCCAACCGAAACCUUACUGACCAUGAGAGUCUCCACAAUGGAGAGAAGCCAUAUGAAUGUGGAGAGUGUGGGAAAACCUUUAUUAUGAGCAAACGUUUCAUGGGCCAUCAGAAACUGCACACCCAAGAGAAAGCCUACAUCUGUGAGGACUGUGGGAAAGCUUUCAGUUACAACUCAAGCCUGCUGGUACAUCGGAGAAUCCACACUGGGGAAAAACCCUUUGAAUGUAGCGAGUGUGGGAGAGCUUUCAGUUCAAACAGAAACCUCAUUGAGCACAAGAGAAUCCACAGUGGUGAGAAACCCUAUGAGUGCAACGAAUGUGGCAAGUGCUUCAUUCUGAAGAAAAGCCUAGUUGGUCAUCAGAGGAUUCACACUAGGGAAAAGUCUUAUAAAUGCAGUGACUGUGGGAAAGUCUUUAGUUACCAUUCAAACCUGAUAGCCCAUCAGAGAAUCCACACUGGUGAGAAGCCCUAUGCUUGUAAUGAGUGCGGGAAAGGCUUCACCUACAACAGAAACCUUAUUGAGCAUCAAAGAUUUCACAGUGGAGAAAAAACCUAUGAAUGUCAUAUAUGUAAAAAAGUUCUUAGCUCUAGUAGAAAUCUUAUGGUACAUCGAAGAAUCCACACUGGAGAGAAACCUUAUAAAUGUGGUGAGUGUGAAGACUUUAGCCAGAAUAAAAACCUUGUUGUACAUCAGAAAAUGCACACUGGGGAAAAACCUUAUGACUGUGAGACAUGUAGAAAAUCUUUUACUUCUAAGAGGAAUUUGACUGGCCACCAAAGAAUCCACACAGGGGACAAACCCCAUGGGUGUAAUGACUGCAGUAAAGCUUUCAGGCACCGUAAAAACCUUACUGUACAGCAUAAAGUUCAUACAGAUGAAAAACCUUGUGGAUGUAAGUCUGUAAAAGAGUUCUUGCAGACUUCAAACCUUCAUCUUCACAAAAUCCAUACUGUGGAAGAAUUAUCUCAGCUACAAAGUACCAGUGAGUUCAAGAUAGAGGUUCAGAAAAUCUAGUAUAGAGCUGGGGCUUAGUAGAAAAUCUGGGUUUU